ACAGCAGACCGCUCAGGCACUCAGUCAGCUGUUAGACGCCGGGGAGGGAAGACUAUGGCCUCACGCUUCCUCACGUUACUCACUCCAUAGCCCUCCCUCGUCCUUGGCAUCACCUGACAGCUUGCACCGUCCCUCGCAGGGCCUCCUCACUCAGUGCCCGGGACUCAGGCACCACGGGAAAGGCAGGAAUAAGAGUUAACAGUUAGGUAGUGAAAAGUUGUCACCUUCUUGUACUGUGUCAAGUGAAAUCCGUCGGUGAGUGCAUUGCGUUCUGGAGAAGUUAUCCUGUUGCUUCCAAAAACUCUAGAAAUUUACAAAAAACCGACUUAAACUAUAAAAAUCAACUGUAUUAUCCGUGACUGAGAUUGAAACUUUAAAACCCCCAAAAGACCUCGAAACUUUUAAAAACCCAUAUAAAUUCUUAAAAAAAACUCACUCAGACCACCAGAUACCACCGAGAAAUCAAAACACAACCAAAAUAUCAUUAAAAAAAACUUUCUUUACUUCGAGACAACAAGCAAGCCCACGAAACACAAUGAAAACUUCGGUAUUACUACUGGCGUGCGUGGUGUGGUGUGCCUUGGGACUUGUGGCGGCAAGCACACCUACUAAGGAGCAUCACACGGGCACCACAACCACACACGAACCCAGAAAUGAAACACUGGGACAGGUUCACGGUGAUGGAGUGGCGGUUCACAGCGAGGGGGAAGGCGGACACGGCAUUGAAAGAUAUCCUGUGGCUGUGAUAGAUUUUGAGAGGGUGCAGACGCCCUUCAUUAUUGGCCUCUGGAUCUUCCUCGCGUGUCUGGGCAAGAUUGGUUUCCACAUGACCCCGAAGAUCUCGCACGUGUUUCCUGAAUCCUGCAUGUUGAUCAUCCUUGGCGUGGUCAUCGGAGUGCUGCUCAUCUACACCCAGGCGGCUACUGUCUCUCCCCUCACCGCUGACGUUUUCUUCCUGUACCUACUCCCUCCUAUUAUCUUAGACGCUGGUUACUUCAUGCCAAACCGUCUUUUCUUUGAUAAUCUGUUCACUAUCCUCGUCUUUGCUGUCGUGGGUACCAUCUGGAAUGCCCUGACUAUUGGAAUCACCAUGUACGCCAUCAGCCUGACGGGUCUCUUUGGGCUGGACAUCCCUAUGCUGCACAUGUUCCUGUUCUCUUCCCUUAUCUCCGCUGUGGAUCCUGUCGCGGUGCUGGCGGUGUUCGAGGAGAUUCAGGUGGAGGAGGUGCUGUACAUCCUGGUCUUUGGCGAGUCGCUGCUCAAUGAUGGAGUGACGGUGGUCCUGUACCAUCUGUUCGAGGGCUUCAGUGAGCUGGGUGAGGACAACAUCAUGGCAGUGGACAUUGCUAGCGGCGUGGCUUCCUUCCUGCUGGUGGCCCUGGGCGGCACUGCUAUCGGUAUCAUCUGGGGCUUCCUCACUGCCUUCGUCACCAGGUUGACAAGAGAGGUGCGAGUUAUUGAACCUAUCUUUGUGUUCGUCAUGUCCUACUUAGCUUACCUCAAUGCUGAGAUUUUCCACCUGUCUGGCAUCCUCUCCAUCACCUUCUGCGGGAUCACCAUGAAGAAUUACGUGGAACAGAACAUCUCCACCAAGUCCCACACGACGAUUAAAUACGCCAUGAAAAUGUUGGCCUCUUCCUCUGAGACCAUCAUCUUCAUGUUCCUGGGGGUGUCAACCAUUCAGAGCACCCACGACUGGAACACUUGGUUCGUCAUCCUCACUAUCCUCUUCUGCUCCAUCUACCGCAUUCUGGGCGUGCUUAUCUUUAGCGUGGUCUGCAACAGGUUCCGCGUAAAGAAAAUUGGGUUUGUCGACAAAUUUGUGAUGUGUUACGGAGGGCUGAGAGGCGCCGUUGCCUUCGCUCUCGUCAUCACCAUUAAUCCAGCGCACAUCCCACUGCAGCCCAUGUUCCUCACUGCCACUAUCGCCAUGGUUUAUUUCACCGUGUUUGUGCAGGGCAUCACCAUCAAGCCUCUGGUGCAGCUCCUGGGCGUCAAGAAAUCAGAGAAGAGACAACUUACCAUGAACGAACGCUUGCACGAGAGGGUGAUGGACUACAUCAUGUCAGGGUUUGAGGACGUGUUAGGGAAGCAAGGUCAUCUCCUCCUUAGGAACAAAUUCAAGCGCUUCAACAACAAGUACCUCACGCCCUUCUUGGUGCGCGACAAGAACGUGAUCGAGCCCAAGCUGCUGGAGACGUACAGCAACAUCAAGAUGCACGAGGCCCUGGAACAAAUGCACAACAGCUACAACUCCCCACAGAAUAUUGAAUCAUUCUCCAACCUCCUCCGCAACGCUGCCACGCACCCGCACGUGCAGAUGAACAACCAAGGGGAGUGGAACCUGGACGUGGCUGAGCUGGAAUACAACCCAACAGUGAGGGAUAUUAAUGAUGCCAAGUUCCAUCAUCUGCUCUCCAACGACUACAAGCCCCUGAAGAAGAGCCGCGGAUCCACCUACAAGAGACACGCUGUAAAGGAUGAUGAUAUGCAAACACAGUCGGACAUCAGUCACCACAACAUGUAUCUCCACACACGCCAGUUCGUGCAAAAUGACAAGAAGCUUUACAAGAAGGCCAAGAAGCUGGGGUUGGUGGCCGUGAGGGAGGAGAAGGGCGCCUCACCACAACAUGUCCCUACGUCACCACUUUCACAGGGGAGUGUUGGCCAGGAUCUCGCCAGCCAGGGCGAUAAUGGAGUGACCAAGACGCCCCAGGACCACCGAGCCGCCUUCCAGCAGAACGGGUCAGCCAUCAAACUAAAGCAAGACUACAUUGCCCGGGUCAUUCAGGACAAUCCGGCCUUUGUAAAUGACGACGGCACCCCGAUUUUCCCAGACCAGCAGACCAUAAUGGAGAAGAGGAGACAGAGCACAAAGGGUCCCACCAUGGCAGAGAUGGCACUACCAUGGAAGAGAUACUACCAGGAUGGAGAGCCCCAGGACCCACGGAGGCUGCAGAGAGCUCUUAGUAUUGUCAACAGUGAAGAGGAUGGAUCACAGCCAACACUAGCAGAGGCGGUGCUGCCGUGGAAGAGGCCUGAGGAUGAGGAGGUGUGUCAGAUGCCAGUGAAGCAGAAUGAAUUCCCUGCCUGGGCUUCAAACAAGGAGUAUGUGAAUUAUUACUCCCCCUCAAGUACCUUCCUUGGCAAACUCGGAAGACAUGACUCGUAUCCAAACAUCCGCGAGAUAUUUGAGCGUCGCAACAGCAGCUCCUCUAUCAAGUCCCGCCGGGGGUCUCUGAAGGAACACCCCAUGCCCUUGAGGGAACGCUCAGCUUCAAGAGGCUCCAUAGAUGUCCCCUCCACUUCCGCCAGCGGCACCAGCACCCCCACCACUGCACAUGACCCUAGUGUCCCCCAUUUAGUGCGCCAGAGGACCUCCACAGAUUGCUCCCUGCUCAACACAACAAUAGUGGAGGAGGACCGGCGAGGGGAUACAGUUAUUGAUAUCAAUCCCAGCGGUACAGAGCCAGAACAAACACGUAUGUAGGAUAGACUCCCCUGGGGGCCUGACAAAGGACCUCUGGGGACCUGGGAGACACAAGUGUAAUCCCAGGUGGUGUAGCUCUGCCAUGGGGGGGGUGUUAGGUAAGGUUUGGGGAUUGGAGGUGCUGUUAGUGUGGCUCUGAAGGUGUUUUUGUGUAUGUAUGGUGUGUUUUGUGUGUGUAUGUGUGUGUGUUUUGAUUAUUCUUGUUUAGUUGUAUAUUUUAAUAGGAUUUGCAAGCUCACCGCAUGUACAAUAUAUGUUGUUUUCAUGCUGUAAUUAAAUGUGUGAGUGUGUGUAUGAGUAUGUAUGUGUUCCUACAUAAUUGUAUUUUUACAGGGUUAACUAAAAGUGCAUUUUGUUCUAUCUUUUUAAAUACUACUUUUAUCAUAUUUUCUUUUAAAAGCUGUACAUUUCUUUUUCUGUAUGAGUGUAUAUGUGUGUAUCCUAACUUUAUUUUUAGAUUAAGCCAAGCAAAUUUUAUCUCUUCCUCUUAUAUUUUAUCAUAUCCUCUUUUAAAUUCGCAACUUCCUUUUUCUGUACAAGCGUAUGAACGAAUGUGUGUAAGUAUGAUAGUAAUUAAGUCUCCAUUCCUUGAGUUUAAGCCAUGUACACCAACACACUAACUCUGUGCCUCUUGCCUCACCUUCCCACACCUCCCUCACCUUCCCCACACCUCCCUCAUCCUCCACACAGCACACCAGAACACACCAGCUGAGAGAGAGACAGUGAUCUACCUCUGUGACUCUUCCUGGUAACUGAACCCUUGUAUUCUGAACUGAAGCAAUGCAGGUGGUGAUAAUGCCCUAAGGAAAGUACUUAGAUAAAACAUAGGUACUUACUUCUUACUAAUACCGUCUGUACUGAUGAAGGAAAGUACUUGCCAGCUAUCAGAAUCCUCGUAUUCUUAACUGAGACUGUGCAAGUACCGACACUGUCCCUGGUGAUGGGUGAAAGUAUUAACACAAAACAAGGGUACUUACUAAACCUGUCCAAGCUGAUGAGGCAAAGCUUUAAGACAGAAUCCUUAACUCUGUACCUUUUCUGGAGUAACACAGGUACUCAUACUAACCCAGGUACUUAAGACAGACCUUAGCCUUGUGUCCCUUCUAAGUAACACGAGCACUUACGGAGAACCCUCAACUUUACCGAAGACUAAAAACAAAUGCAUGAACCCUGUCAAUACUCUGUUCUAGCUCACUCACUUCUCAAUAUAUACCCACACUACUGUGCUAUAACCUCACUGAAGACUGAAACUAAUACACAAACUUUAUAAUUGUCUGCUGCUGUAACCCCUGGCAGUCAUUCACCGUUCACUUCUACCUUUGCGUGUUGUACUAGAAGGAAAUAACAGUUUUUUUUCUUUUCUAUUUUCUUUUUUCUUAGUAUUCUUGUACCUGUUCUUCUCUUUCUUCAUGUAACCAAGUCUUCCUUUACUACCAUAACCUCGACUAGUUAGGGAAGAAAGUGCUAAGUUAUUCUAUUCUCAAUCACUUAACUGUUCUGUAACCAAACACUUCCUUUUAUCAUCACACCUUCCACUACUAAGAGGAGAAAGUCCAGAACUGAAUUAUCCUAAGCUGUACUGUAACCAAGCCUUCCCUUUACCAAUAUAGCUCCCAGAAUAGAAGUACAGUUAGGGACAAACAGACAUACAUGAACCUAACCUAUCAAUACCUAUCAAUCUAAUUCUUUCUCCCUAUAAGUAUAUACCCACACUUAACUUAACUACAGCCUUCCCUAACUAACAUAACUCCAACUGGUUAAGGAACAAAUACAAUUAUCAAUGCUCAAACAUAAUGCCAAGUUAGAUAUGAAUAUAAUGCGAUCUCAUUUAUCUGAAACCCUCCUAUGCAGCUGUCCUUGCAAUGCCCCAAGUGCCGAGUGUUUCCUUAAGCCUCUGUGUGCCUCAGUAAUAGCCUUCCUGUGCAUUUUGAAGCUGUGUGUAUUGUCUUGAAAUCUGGAAGGGAGUUUAAGAACUGUAUAUAAGCUUAUGUGUGUGUUCUGAAAGCUGGAUGGAAGUUUAAGAAUUGUAUAUAAGCUUAUGUGUGUUUUGAAAGGCUACAAGAGAGUUUAAGGAGUGUUGAUAACCUGUUUUAUGCCUCUAUGCCUCAAAUAAUAGGUUAGAAUGAAUUCAUAAGCUUGUCUGUGUGCUUUUGAGACCAUGUGAUUGUCUUGAAAGGUUGAAAGGCAGUUUAGGAAGUGUUUAGGUGUGUAGGAAAUAUUUAUAACCUUUUCUGUGUGUUUUGAGGCCACGUGAGUGGCUUGAAAGGUUGUAGCAGUGAAGGAAAUGAUUUACACAAAAGAUUAGUUAAGUCUUUAUAGCUUACGUGUUGUGGGGAAGGUUAUGAGUGCCUUGAAAGGUUGUAGUAGUGAAGAAAAUUUGUGAGAAAAAGGUUAAAGAGUGCCAAUAACCUUCUGUGAGUUGUGAAUGAGGUUUUGAAUGCUUUAUAAGGUUGUAGAAGUGAAAGUAACUUAUGAAAAAGGGUGAAAAGUGCCUGUAAUCUUUUGUGAGUUGUGAAUAAGAUUUUGAGUGCCUUGGAAGGUUGUCAAAGUGAAGGAGACAUUGCCAGAAAGGUGAGAGAGUGGUACAAUCUUCUGUGAGUUGUGAAUGAGGUUGAAUGGCCAAGAAAACUGUAUAUAACUAGCCAUCAAGAAAUUAACUAUUAUAAAUUAAAAAAAACAAGGUGCUGUAGUGCUGUAAAUAAGAUUAUAUCAAAGUAGAAGUUAGGAAGAGUGUAGUGACAGUGAAAAAAUGAACUAAAUGUGAUUCAAUAUGAUGUUUUGAGAUACAUACAACUUAACCAUCCAUACAUCCAUACAUAACAAGGUAUACAAAUUGAUAACUUGUAAUAAUAGCCUAGAUAACAAUAAUAAAUUAAGCUCCAUGUAUGUAAGGCGUCCAUAAGAUUAAAACUGAUUGGAAACUUGAAUUAGAGAGAGUGUACAGAGGAAGACAAGGCGAGAUAUGGUGUGUGUGUGUGUGUGUGUGUGAAAAUAGAAGUGAUAUUAGAUUAAAAGAGAUGAAAUGGAGAGAGAAAAAAGAGAUCAGAGGAGAGAUAAGAGGUGGAAUCAAGUGAGAGAAGCUGUGAAUAUAUGAUGAUAAUGAUGAUAAUGAGGGAAUGACACAAAUUGGGAUGUGGUGUGUCUGGGGAGAAGAGGUGAUACUAGAAUAGAAGGAAGAUAAGAGGUGAAAUCAAGAGAGAGAGAGAGAGAGAGAGAGAGAGAGAGAGAGAGAAAAGGUGUGAAUAAAAAAAAAUAAAAAUGAUAAUAAUAAUAACAGAGUGUGUGUGUGUGUGUGUGUGUGUGUGUGUGUGUGUGUGUAGUUUUAAGGCAAUAAUUGUUAUGUAUAUACACACUAUUCUAUUAACUCAGAUAAUUUUAUGAGAGAAAGAGAGAGAGAGAGAGCAUAUUUUUAGUAGUUGAAUGAAUGAUGCCUGUCUAUCUAUCUAUCUGUCUAUCUAUCCACCUAUCUAUCCAUUCAUCUUUCUACCUUUCCUCUUAACUAUCAAUUUACAUGUCUGAGUAAGAGAGAGAGAGAGAGAGAGAGGUUAUGCCUGACUAACACUAUAUAAGAGGAGAAAAAAACAGGAAGACAAGAGCCAAUAUAAUGCUGGUAAUAAUGCUGCUAACAAAUGUAUACGGAAUACCUAUAUAUUGCAAUGCAUCUAGUGUUAAGUCUCAACGGGACUACUAAUGCGCUUCAAUGUACAAUGUAGGGAUAAAAAAUGUACGGUAUUUUAUAUAAGGUGUACUAUUACUGCUGUUACUACUACUACAACCAAUAACUACCACCACCACUUUUACCGCCACUACUACUACUACUACUAAUAAUAAUAAUAAUAAUAAUUAAUCGCACUAUUAUUAAAAGUCAGAGUUGGGAGAAGAAAAGUCUAAUAAACAUCUUGACAAUAUUUAAAUUACUGUAACAUUGCCCAUUCCAGUUAGCCAAUCACGUACUUAGUAACCAACAGUGCUUUCAAAUAGCUGUUAAUAAUUCAGUGUCAAAAUGAUGCAUAAUGCGGGGGCCGUUCGUAUUUGUUUGUUAAUAUUUUUUUUCUUUCUUUCUUGCUAAUUGUCUCUCGCUAAUAAUGUUGUAGUUUUGGUAUUGUUCUGAUUGUUACUGGUACGUAUUCUCUCUCUCUCUCUCUCUCUCUCUCUCUCUCUCUCUCUCUCUCUCUCUCUCUCUCUCUCUCUCUCGAUAUAAUGUUGGAAUGAGGUAAUAUUAACAAAACAGUCUUAACUAGCAGUCUGUCUACCUUGUAUAUUUAACACAGUGACCUCUGUAGUGAAAGACUGUUAACCACUCUGUCAUAACUCGACUAUGAUUACUUGCAGGCCACGCAGUUCAAAAAUUAUUAUUAUUAUUAUUAUUAUUAUUAUUAUUAUUAUUAUUAUUAUUAUCUUUCUUUUCUCUUUUUUGUACUCCCUGACUAGACUUGUACCAGUAAUGUAUUAAGAGAGAGAGAGAGAGAGAGAGAGAGAGAGAGAGAGAGAGAGAGAGAGAGAGAGAGAGAGAAUUUGUUAUAUUGUCUUAAAAAUGCCCAUAUAUUGUUUUUUCCUCGUAUGUAGUAUGUACAGCAUGUAUAUAUGUAUGUAUGUAUGUAUGUAUGAAUGUAUAUUUCCUCUUUUUAUAUAUAGAAUCAAUUUAAUGUGCCCGUGUGUGUGUGUGUGUGUGUGUGUGUGUGUGUGUGUGUGUGUGUACCAUAAGCUAGUAUAUAUACAACUUAACCAUCCAUACAUCCAUACAUAACAAGGUAUACGCAACUUAAUACUGUAAUUUUAUCCCUGUAUAUAAUUGUAUAGAUGAGGGAGCCAGUGUCAACAACUGCGUCACAUAGAAGCAAGGAAAAUGACGUCAAGGAGGAGGAGGAGGAGUAGGAGGGUUAACAGUAGUUGGAAGAGGAAGAAGAGGAGGAGGAACAAAGGAAGAAAUGCAUGUAAUGAAAAUAACUUAAAUAUGAUGUUGAAUUUAUUAUUAUUAUUAUUAUUAUUAUUAUUAUUAUUAUUAUUAUUAUUAUUAUUAUUAUUAUUAUCAUUAUUAUUAUUAUGUGUGUGUGUGUGUAUCAGUUAUGAUACUCCAACAUUACAUUCCUUUUCUUUUUAGCACACACACACACACACACACACACACACACACACACGUACAUACAUACAUACAAACAGGAGAUAUUUAUCAUAGAUGUCACUGUCACUAUCCACUAUUACUAUUACUACUAUUAUAUCUAUACCAUCAUAUAUUCUCUACAAACUUCUACUCGUCUUAAUAAACCAUAGUACCAUUAUCCAAUCUUCUUUCACUCUCCUUCCUUUCUCUUCCUUCACUCCCUCCUCUCCUCCUCAGUUACAUAUAUUUUAACCCCUCACCAGCCCUCCUAUCCCCGAAAUGCAUUGUGGGUCAUAUUUUUAUAUAUAUCUGUACAUAUAAAUAAUAAAAACUGGUUAAUAUAAA